AUAUAAUUGUAUAACAUAUUCAAACUGUUUCUCUUUAAAAGUCAACUUUAUAAUCUGUAAAAUACAUUAUAUAAAAUCAAAACACAAAUAAUUUCCUUGCAAACAAAUAUUUGACGCUUUAGAAAAUUGUGUCAAAACAUUAAUGUUACACAAUCGACUAGUAUAAAUAAAUCUUUUAUCAUACGUGUAUAUAUGAAUACCAAAAUUUUCGUUUUAAAAUAAUCUUUGUUUAUCGCGUUACUUUUUAUCCUGUUGACAAAAAUAAAACCAUUUUUUAGCAAUAAACUGCGAGAUUUCGCUAGCAUUAAGCACUCUCGUGCUUUUAUCUCACGUGACAAAAUUUCAUAACAAUCGUCGUACGAGUUAUAUCACACAGAAAACAAACGAAUUUGCGUUAAAUUUAUGCGACUCGAGUUAACCUAUCUCGUUCGACAGCAAACGGCGUUUCGUCAAUUGUUAUCAUUCCUUAUAAAAUCCCUUUCCAAGUCGCCUCGUGAUCGAGGCGACGACGUUUACAUAAUGCAUAACGUAGCGAUUUGAAAACUAUAACUUCCAAUGUUUUCGCAGUCACACUUUGAAAUAGAAACUUGGUAUCUAUUUUGAGUUAUACGAAAUGUGUUAAUCGUUUAUUUAUAUAACUACUGUGCUGCAUCUUCAGCUAACCGGUCGUUGUAACAGUGUGCAAUAUAAAAUGAUUUAUUAGAUCUGAACUGUCAAACCAGUUGUUUACAAAAUCAUGGAUGAAAUUUGGUUUCAUCUAUCGAAUCAGGUCGAGACACUUCAGUUUCCAAAGAAAUGAAAUAUAAUUGACGUUCGGCUCUUCAUCUUCGAUAUUAUAUGUUAAAUUUUUUGUUGGCGAGAAGAUUCAAACAUCGUUAUUUGCACAACAAGGACAACAAUGGGUCGUAACAUGGUUGACUCAAGCACGUCAAAUUUUUUACGAAUUAUAUGAGAACCAAACGAUGCAAAAUGUCAAAGACAUUGUACAACAUAUACUUAUUUGGAUUGAAAAUGCUUGGGAACAAUUACAACAUCGAUACUAUAAUACACAUUUUAAUGUCAGAAUACUUUACAGACAAAUAAAAAGCUUAUAUACUAACGGAGCAUCCAAAAGGGAACUUGCAUUUAGUCUGACAGGUUUAGUUGUCGGUACUUUACUUGGUUAUUAUGCUGGAGUCAAUUGGGGACACGUAUCUCAUCAUAUGCAUCGUAUAAAAGCUAUAAUAUGUCACCAUUAUAUUGGUAUCGAGGGUGUGUCCAUGAUAGAUGAUGCUGAAAUGCCUAUGAUCGAAAGAUCUAACGAAUUAUUAGUACAAGUUAAAGCAGCUUCUGUUAAUGUUGUUGACACAAAAAUUUGUUAUGGUUAUUCCAAAAUUUACAGAAGACUCCUCAAUUCCGGUAAACACAAAGAACUCCCAGUAACAUUGGGCAGAGAUUGUACUGGAAUAGUGAUAGGUAUAGGACAAAGUGUUAUUAAUUUUGACAUUGGAGAUGAAGUGCUCUUAGCUGUACCUUCGUGGGCUCCUGGUACAAUGGCAGAAUACAUAGUUGUCCCAGAAACUCAAGUAGUUAAACGACCGAAACUUUUUACCUUUGAAGCAUCUGCGAGUCUUCCCUACAAUGGAUGUUUAGCCUGGGAUGCUUUAGUUAAUAGAUCUGCGAUCCAGGAAGGCAAUGCGAAAGGGAAACGAGUACUUAUAUAUGGUGGAAAUACACCUGUUGGUUGUAUUUUAACUCAAUUAGUUAAGCUAUGGGGUGGACAUGUAGUUACAAUGUGUAAACAGAAUGCAAUUCCUGUAUCAAAAGCUUUAGGAGCAGACAAUGUUAUACCAUUAGACAAUUCAGAUAUAGAAAAAGAGUUACAAUUACAUGAUAAAUUUGAUACUAUAUUUUAUACCGGGGGUCAACCAAUUAAUGAACGUAUACUAAAGCAGCACUUAGCAUCUUAUGGCUUUUAUGUCUCUACAGUUCCCGAACAAUUAACGUCCGACUCGUUAGGUCUUGUAUUUGGAAGCAUAUUUGCUGGAUGUGUACGAAUAAAGUUACUAAUACAGUACGUGCUUGGAUUUAAUAUGCAUCAAUGGAAAGAAGGUUCAAAGAUUAACGCAACAUACUUACAAGCACUAUGCGAUUUAGUUGAUGCUGAUCAAUUACAGAUGGUUGUAGACAGGGUGUAUGGACCUCAUAAUAUUGAACAAGCAUUGUAUCAUAUAUUAGAUCCCAAUGCUAUCGGCAGUACUAUAAUAACAUUUCAGUGACAAUUGAAUAUUAUAUGUAUAAAAGUUUUCAGUUAUAUAAAUAUCGCAGUUUCUUUUAUCAA